CUCACACAAAAGAGGCCGGAAAGUGUCCGGAGGAAGCUGGCGCGUCACGGACGACGGAUCCGGGACCCUUCCGCGCCCGCCCAGCGGCGCCCGGUCCCGGGUCCACAGCCGCACUCACCCCGCCACGCUCUCCGCCACCGCCACCACCGCGGCCACCGCCAAUGAAACUCCUCCCGCUCCUAGUGGUUUUUUCCACUUUGUUGAAUUGUUCCUAUACUCAAAAUUGCACCAAGACACCUUGUCUCCCAAAUGCAAAAUGUGAAAUACGCAAUGGAAUUGAAGCCUGCUAUUGCAACAUGGGAUUUUCAGGAAAUGGUGUCACAAUUUGUGAAGAUGAUAAUGAAUGUGGAAAUUUAACUCAGUCCUGUGGUGAAAAUGCUAAUUGCACUAACACAGAAGGAAGUUAUUAUUGUAUGUGUGUACCUGGCUUCAGAUCCAGCAGUAACCAAGACAGGUUUAUCACUAAUGAUGGAACCAUCUGCAUAGAAAAUGUGAAUGCAAACUGCCAUUUAGAUAAUGUCUGUAUUGCUGCAAAUAUUAAUAAAACUUUAACAAAAAUCAGACCCAUAAAAGAACCUGUGGCUUUGCUACGAGAAGUCUAUAGAAAUUCUGUGACAGAUCUUUCACCAACAGAUAUAAUUACAUAUAUAGAAAUAUUAGCUGAAUCAUCUUCAUUACUAGGUUAUAAGAACAACACUAUCUCAGCCAAGGACACCCUUUCUAAUUCAACUCUUACUGAAUUGGUGAAAACCGUGAAUAAUUUUGUUCAAAGGGAUACAUUUGUAGUUUGGGACAAGUUAUCUGUGAAUCAUAGGAGAACACAUCUUACAAAACUCAUGCACACUGUUGAACGAGCUACCUUAAGGCUAUCCCAGAGCUUCCAAAAGACCACUCAGUUUGAUACCAAUUCAACGGAUAUAGCUCUCAAAGUUUUCUUUAUUGAUUCGUCUAAAAUGAAACAUAUUCAUCCUCGUAUGAAUGUGGACGGAGAUUAUAUAAAUAUAUUUCCAAAGAGAAAAGCUGCAUAUAAUUCAAAUGGCAAUGUUGCAGUUGCAUUUUUGUAUUAUAAGAGUAUUGGUCCUUUGCUUUCAUCAUCUGACAACUUCUUAUUGAAACCUCAAAAUUAUGAUAAUUCUGAAGAGGAGGAAAGAGUCAUAUCUUCAGUAAUUUCAGUCUCAAUGAGCUCAAACCCACCCACGUUGUAUGAACUUGAAAAAAUAACAUUUACAUUAAGUCACCGAAAGAUCACAGAUAGGUAUAAGAGUCUAUGUGCAUUUUGGAAUUACUCACCUGAUACCAUGAAUGGCACCUGGUCUUCAGAGGGCUGUGAGCUGACAUACUCAAAUGAGACCCACACCUCAUGCCGCUGUAAUCACAUGACACAUUUUGCAAUUUUGAUGUCCUCUGGGCCUUCCAUUGGUAUUAAAGAUUAUAAUAUUCUUACAAGGAUCACUCAACUAGGAAUAAUUAUUUCACUGAUUUGUCUUGCCAUAUGCAUUUUUACCUUCUGGUUCUUCAGUGAAAUUCAAAGCACCAGGACAACUAUUCACAAAAAUCUUUGUUGUAGCCUAUUUCUUGCUGAACUUGUUUUUCUUGUUGGGAUCAAUACAAAUACUAAUAAGCUCUUCUGUUCAAUCAUUGCCGGACUGCUACACUACUUCUUUUUAGCUGCUUUUGCAUGGAUGUGCAUUGAAGGCAUACAUCUCUAUCUCAUUGUUGUGGGAGUCAUCUACAACAAGGGAUUUUUGCACAAGAAUUUUUAUAUCUUUGGCUAUCUAAGCCCAGCCGUGGUAGUUGGAUUUUCAGCAGCACUAGGAUACAGAUACUAUGGCACAACCAAAGUAUGUUGGCUUAGCACAGAAAACAACUUUAUUUGGAGUUUUAUAGGACCAGCAUGCCUAAUCAUUCUUGUUAAUCUCUUGGCUUUUGGAGUUAUCAUAUACAAAGUUUUUCGUCACACUGCAGGGUUGAAACCAGAAGUUAGUUGCUUUGAGAACAUAAGGUCUUGUGCAAGAGGAGCCCUCGCUCUUCUGUUCCUUCUUGGCACCACCUGGAUCUUUGGGGUUCUCCAUGUUGUGCAUGCAUCGGUGGUUACAGCUUACCUCUUCACAGUCAGCAAUGCUUUCCAGGGGAUGUUCAUUUUCUUAUUCCUGUGUGUUUUAUCUAGAAAGAUUCAAGAAGAGUAUUACAGAUUGUUCAAAAAUGUCCCCUGUUGUUUUGGAUGUUUAAGGUAAACACAGAGAGUGAUGGGUAAUUACAACUGUACAAAAAUAAAAAUUCCAAGCUGUGGAUGACCAAUGUAUAAAAAUGACUCAUCAAAUUAUCCAAUUAUUAACUACUAGACAAAAAGUAUUUUAAAUCAGUUUUUCUGUUUACAGUAUAGGAACUGUAGAUAAUAAGGUAAAAUUAUGUAUCAUAUAGAUAUAGUAUGCUUUUCUACGUGAAAUGGUUCUGUCAAAAAUAGUAUUGCAGAUAUUUGGAAAGUAAUUGGUUUCUCAGGAGUGAUAUCACUGCACCCAAGGAAAGAUUUUCUUUCUAACACAAGAAAUAUAUGAAUGUCCUGAAGGAAACCACUGGCUUGAUAUUUUUGUGACUCAUGUUGCCUCUGAAACUAGUCCCCUACCACCUUGGUAAUGAGCUCCGUUACAGAAAGUGGAACAUAAGAGAAUGAAGCGGCAGAAUAUCAAACAGUGAAAAGGGAAUGACUGUUAAAAUAAUAAGAUGUAUUUUGAAUAAACUUGUUUUUUCUGUAGACUAGCUGAGAAAUUGUUGACAUAAAAUAAAGAACUGAAGAAACACAUUUUACCAUUUUGUGAAUUGUUCUGAACUUAAAUGUCCACUAAAACAACUUAGACUUCUGUUUGCUAAAUCUAUUUCCGUUUCUAAUAUUCUGAAACAAAAAAGGUUUACCUCCACAAAUUGAAAAAAAAGCAAAAAAAGAUCUGUUUCUAAGGUUAGACAGAGAUAUAUACUAUUUCCAUAUUUAUUUCACAGAUUGCGACUUUGGAUAUUUAAUCAGUAAAAUACAAAUGUGUCAAGGUAUAAUAUUGUUUAUGCCUAUCAAUGUAAAAACUGUAAUAAAGCUGAAGUAUUCUAUUCUAUUACCUUUCAGUGAAGUGAAAGUUAUACUAUCUCAUUAGUAUAUUUGAAUCCUUUAUUAUUUUUAAUUUUAGAAAUAUUGCAGUUCACAUUGUAGUAUUCCCCUUUAAUUUACUAUUUUUAAAGGGGUAUUAUAAAUAUGAAAGUAUUUAUAAAGUGAAUUGCUAUUUUUUCUUUUCAGAAAAGUACACAUUUAAAAUUGUUAUUGUUAACAAAGAAAUCAUGGAGAACUAUAGAGGUUUUCACAGUGGAUCCAUUUUCUGAGCAUUUUCUACUAUCUAUUAAAUCAUGUCUGCUUAAAUAUAUAGCUUCUAUCUAUCUUUAAAUCUUCUCAUUAAAAUGUAGAAGCAGUGACUUUGAUCUCAAAAAUAGGUAAUUUUUCUUUGCCUACCUGUAAAAGUGUGCCAAUACACUAAAUUUGUGAUUUUAAAUUAAUUUCUCCAGCUGUUGAAAUGAAGCCUGCCAAAUCUUGCUCUAACAAAUAAAAUGUUAUCUAAAUAAAGCAAUUCUGCUACAGCUUUGCUGAAUUCCUGUUCUCAAGAAAGAUGAGCUACCUGCCAAAGGGUCUUUUGCAUUUUUAGAGAAUCCAUGAUAAUAACUUCUCAUUAUCUUCUGAUUUCUUACAUGGUAAACCUGUGACCUAUUAUUAUCAGUGCCAUUGCAGGAUAAUGUUCUAGAAAUGUGAUAUUGAAAAUACUCAUCUGUUUAAUAGAUGUAUUCAAAACUUCAUGUGGUAGACAGAAUAAUGCCCCCUCCCAAAAAAAUGUCCAUGCCCUAAUCUUCAGAACCUCUUAAUAUGAUAGAUUACAUGGUGAGGAGAAUUCAAGUUGCAGAUGACACUAAGGCUGUUAAUCAGCUGACCUUGAGAUGAGGAGAUGAUCCUAGAUUAUCCGGGUGGGCCCAGUGUCAUCACAGCGUCCAUGUAAGUGAAGAAGAGAUUCAGAAGGAGGGCAGGAGUUGCAGUGAUGCAGUGUGGUGCAGACUUUACCAGCCAUUGCUGGCACUGAAAUGGAACUCCACAAACCAAGGAAUGAGGACAGCCUCUAAAAGCAGAAAAAGGAAAGGAAAUAUAUUUUUCCCUGGCAUCUCCAGAAGGGACUCAGCCCUGCUGAUAACUUUGUUUUAGCUCAGGGAAACCCAUUUCAGACUUCUAAACUCCAGACCUAUAUGAUAAUAAGUUUAUGGUGUCUUAAGCCGAGUUUGUGAAUAGUUUGUUACAGCAGCCAUUAGGAACUAAUACGAUGGAAAUAUUUAUGUAAUAACAUAUUCGGAGAUGAACUACUGUUCAAAUCAUUAGGGCAAGCGUUCACCCAACUGUCUUCUUUUCAUCCACCUUUCCAUAGAUAUCAUUGGACAAAGCUUAUAUUUGCUAGUAUGACAGUUAAGAGCUUCUCAUAUCUACUUCCCUCCCCAGUUUUCAUUUUUGCCUAACAGGUUUAUCCAGUUAUACCAAACUGUUUCUCUUUCUCCAAAUUUGCCAUGGUUUACUGAAUUCCCCUUUUCUGGAAUUUCCUCCUUGUGACAAUCAUUACUCUGGCAAAUAUUACUUGUCCCUAAUGCAUCUUUCUUUAGGAAGCCUUCUCUGACUCACACAAGGAAUUAAUCACUUCUACCUUUGUCUCACCACUCUAUCUAUUACUUAUCUAUUUAACAUUUAUUACACUGUAUUGUAAUUAUUUAGCCCAGCUCAGGACAUUCACUGGAGGGUGUUUUGUUGUUCCUUUAAGACAGGUACCCUUUUCAUUUUGGGUUUCGUGAAUCAAUGUUACUUAUCUUCUGUUGCUUCCUGAACACGUUUGACGUCAUAACAGGUCUGCACCCCCUGAGCAAUCUGGCCUUUGCUCUUUUGCUUUACCUAUUCCAUUCUGGAAGCCCACUUAGCCAGUCCUUUCAUGCUUGUCUGACACACACAUCAUGCAAUUAGGUGGAAAGGGAUGACCUGGCAACUUCAAAUUAGUAAAGUAGAGAAGGCAGAGGAAUUAGGCCAGCAAUAUAGCCUUGAGCAUGUAUUAUUCAAUUCAGCUUUUUCAGAAAAGACAUUGUUGGAGAAUUUGUAAGGAGCUUUCCAAAAUAAUAAAAGUCAUGCUUCAUUUUC